AUGCGUGGGAGUAGAGCGCAGCAAAGGCGGUUCAAUGAGACAAGUGAGUUUUUAGAUGAUAUUUAGCCAUAGGUGUAAUUUUUCAGGCGCCACGUCGGAUUCCGAAUCUCAAGUGCUCGCUCCACACACGUACAUCCAACGGACAAUGGGAUACCAACGUCUCGGCGGAGCGCUUCAACUGAACGGAUACGGUAACAUAUUCUUACGGAACGUCUUCUCAAUCUAUCUCUGCUUUCAGAUCAUACACCCUUCCGCCAGCAGCAUCAGUAUGACAAUCAGAAUCCGUACGAAGACUCUACACUAGAUGUGACCGAGCCGGAUGCCACUCACAAGACUUAUUUCGAUGAUGAAGACGAUGAUAGACAUUCGAUUGACACGGACUUGACGUCGGUGUCACAGCAGCAUCUGAAGCAUCGGUACCGGUAUCAGCAGAGGCCGUACAGGGGCGGAUGGAGGCAGAAUUCGGCAAUGUCGACGAUAUCUUCAACAGUUUCCAGUGUCCAAGGUUAGAUAAAACCGUCCAUUAUCUUAUCUCGAGCUAAAACGAAACUCCUCCUCCCUUUGUCUUCUUUCCAUUCCUCUCCAAUCUCGCUCAUUCCAGAAUCCUCAAUGGGUCUCGAAGUGAUCACAGUUCGUCUGAAUCUAGACAAUCAGCGGCUCGGAAUGAUCCCAACUGGCCACGUGAACGCGCACGGAGACGCCGGUCUCUACGUGGGAGUCAUCAACGAGAACGGCGCCGUCGCCCAGGACGGACAGAUCGACGAGGGCGACAUGAUCGUCGCCAUCAACAACGUCAGUCUCUCCAGCUAUUCGAACGAUCAGGCUGCUCAGCUUUUGAGGUAGUUGUGUGCUUUUCUUUCUUUUUCAGUUCAAUGUACAUAAUUUUGAAUUUCAGCAAUGCCUGCCAACGACAAACCGGACGUUCUACGUAUAUUUCGAUCACAGUUGUCAAGACUGGGGAGAAGAAGAGAGGACUGCCGAUUAACCCGAGGGAAGAGCCCGUGCGACCGAUCGAUGCGAACGAAUGGAUGAAGCAUGCGAACAGAGUGAUGGAAGUGAUGCCCAUGAUAUCUGAAGGUAACCUUUGCAAGCCAUGAUGAUCCUCAUCUCGUUCCUUUUCAGAGAACUCUUCCACUCCUGGCUCUUCGGUCCACGACCAUCCCUUCAGCGGACCUCCCUCCUACCUCAGUUAUCUGAACGCCUUCACGGACAAGAAGUACAUUAUCGGAGCAAUGUGCACACCCGGCUCAGGGCUUGAAAUAAAGGAUCGGAAGUGGCUGAAGAUCCUCAUUCCAAUGUGCUUCACCGGAAGAGAUCUCGUCGAUUGGCUCAUCCGGCACAUUCAAGGAUUAAAGAAGCGGAAGGAUGGACGCAAGUUCGCAGAGGAACUGCUCAAGACGGGAUAUAUUCAGCACGUUGUGAGCAAGAAACACUUUUCCGAAAAGUGCUACUAUGUGCUGGGAUGUGACAGAAUUUAA